AAUCUAGUGAAAACAAAGUCAGAGGCCAUCAAGACUCUGCAAACUAAGUUGGCGGAUGCCAAAAAGACUCUUGCCGAGCUCAAGGCCGAGCUUAAGACUCUGCGCCAACGCACAGCUGACGAACCUCAGCAGCAACAAAUCCUUAAGGAAAACAACUGUAGCAUGGCAAAUGCAUUUCGGCUGGCCGAUUGCCCCUGCAGCACCCUCCGAGAUUUCAUCGCCAUCGCUGAAUUACGAAUCGUAGAUGAGCGUGAAUUCGAAUCGGCGUCACGAGAAAUAAGCGUGGGCUCUGUUAAAGACCUAGAAACAGUCUGCAGGAGAAGACUUCGGCGACACCUGCCAGCUAUGGCAAACAUGCGACGAGAGGGACAGCUGUUGCCGCUUAAAUUCGAUGAUCGAUUUUACGAUUAA